AUGUCCCACGGAAAGCAGUUCACCCUCUAUACCCACCUCGGCGGCCCUAACGGCUGGAAAGUCGCGAUCGUGCUCGAAGAGCUCGGCCUCACCUACGAACCCGUCUACCUCGAUUUCACCAAGGGCGAACAGAAGGGACCAGAGCACACGAAGUACAACCCCAACGGGCGCAUCCCGACCCUCAUCGACCACCAGAACGGCGACUUCGCAAUCUGGGAGUCCGAUGCGAUCCUCCUUUACCUCACGGACAAGUACGACACGGAGAAGAAGCUGACGGUGACGGGCGACAAGGAGAAGUAUACCCUCAUUCAGUGGCUCUUCUUCCAGUCCUCCGGCCAAGGUCCGUACUUCGGCCAGGCGUUCUGGUUCUUGAAGUUCCACUCUGAGCAGCUGCCCUCUGCAAUCGAGCGUUACCGGAAGGAGACCCUCCGCGUCUUCUCUGUCCUCGAUUCGGUCCUUUCAAAGCCUGAGAAUGGUGGCUGGCUCGUUGGGGGCAAGCCGACGAUUGCGGACUUGUCCUUUAUCACGUGGAACAACGGCGCGCUCAACUUCUCGAUCAAGGGCUACGCAGACGUCGAGAAGGACUAUCCCGCGUUCUACGCGUGGCACCAGAAGCUCCUUGCGCGGGAUGCGGUGAAGAAGACUCUGGCGAUCCAGGCGUCGCUCCAGAAGUAG